CAGUGUGUGUCAUGUUACACAGGAGAGAAGAUCAGCCACAGCACAGCUCCCAACCAGUUGAGAAUUACACCUUCCUAAUGGGGACUUCUAUGCGGGAUUCCUUUACAACUCUCACAAGUCACUGAAGUUUGCAAAGCAGAAGAGGGAAAACUCCACAGCUAAAGACCUUUCCAAGAACUUUUUUCCUCUUCUUUUUCUCAAUAUUGAAGUUGGGUCUCUAAAAGCUGCAGAAACCUAUUUAUUUGUGGCUCCCGCACCCUGCCUGGCAUAUACUGAACAGCUGCUAGUGGAACCACCUUGGGUUGACUCCCUCACCUUUAGUUCUGGAUUGUGCUCCUUGGAUUAGGAUUGUGGCUUAUUUAUUCUAUUUAUUUAUUUAUUGUUCCUCUGGACAGCAUGGAGGGGAAGGAGGAGUGGAGAGCUGCUGUCUUCUCUAGGAGUUGUAGAACCAUGCCCUGUAGGACAGAGGACUGUGGGAAGUGCAGCAGGUUCCCUGCACUCUUGGGAUGUGGGUUUGCCUUAUUAUCAGUGUUUUCCUUACUCCUCAGUCUCCUGGUUCUCUGCAGAACUUCAGAUUUACAGUCCAGGGUUUCUGAUUUAGAGAAGUUCAGAUACACUCACUUAUCUGCCUUAGUCUCUGCAGACCAAAGGGAGACAGCUAUUUUGGGAAGAGUUGACCAACUGCUGGAAGAGAAACUGCAAGCUCAUCUGCCAAAACUUAGAGAAGUAAGAGACACAAGUGUUAAAUGUCUGUGUCCGCCUGGUCCUCCCGGAGCAAGGGGCAAAAGAGGACAAAAUGGGGAGUCAGGGCCACCUGGCCCUAUUGGACAACCUGGUAUUCCGGGAGAUAAAGGUGGUCUUGGGAUGCCAGGACGGACGGGAAUAAAGGGUCAUCCUGGCGAGAAGGGAGCAUCGGGAGAAUCGGGAAUGUCUGUUAUAGGACCCCGUGGCCCUCCUGGCCAGCCUGGAACUCGAGGUUUUCCCGGAUUCCCAGGCCCAAUAGGAUUAGACGGCAAGUCUGGUCAUCCUGGGCAAAAAGGGGAAAAAGGUGAUCUGGGUCCUCCUGGCCCAAAAGGACAUCCAGGUUCUACAGGUGUUAAAGGAGAGAAGGGUCACUGUGCAGAUUACUCCCACAGGCUGUUGCCUGCUAUGAUUAAUACAGUGCGGGCGGUUCAGCCAACGAUCGUAAGGAAGCGCAUCUUCCAGGGUGAACAAGGACAAGCGGGAAUCCAAGGACCACCAGGGUUACCUGGGCCACCUGGACCUUCUGGGCCACCAGGAUCUCAAGGAGAUCCAGGAUUGCCUGGGGUUGCAGGGUCACCUGGGAAAGCAGGGGAGUCGGGUAAACCUGGAAAAGAUGGAAAAGAUGGAAAAGGAUUGCCUGGACCACCGGGGCCACAGGGAGAACCAGGGGCUGCAGGAAUUCCAGGAAGGAAGGGAGAAAGAGGCAUGCCGGGGAUGCCAGGGAAACAUGGAGCAAAGGGUGAACCCGGAGCUUCAGGAGUAAAGGGAGAAAAAGGAGACUUGGGAAAUGCACUCAGUGGAAUUAAAGGAGAACCUGGUAACCCAGGCCUGCCAGGACCUCCAGGACCAAAGGGAGAAGCUGGUGCUAUUGGCCACCCAGGAAUUUCAGGCCAGCAGGGUGAAAAGGGAACUCCAGGAAUUAAGGGAGAACAAGGCCCUUUUGGACUUCGAGGUCCUAAGGGAGAACCUGGGAAAUCCAGCCUUGUGGAAUAUAAUAGCAAUCUCAGUGAAGCACUACAGGGUCCUCCUGGACCUCCAGGAGCACCAGGUUUACCAGGACAAAAGGGUGAAAUUGGAUUACCUGGUGCUCCUGGCCAUGAUGGAGACAAGGGACCUCGGGGCAAACCUGGUGAAGCAGGACUUCCUGGUCUGCCAGGACAGGAUGGACUUCAAGGACCAAAGGGCGACACAGGUCCUAGAGGAUUACAAGGGCCUAAAGGAGAUAAAGGGGAUGUAGGACAAACAGGUUCACAUGGUCUUGAUGGCCCAACUGGAGAGAAAGGAGAACCAGGUGACCAAGGACCUCUAGGACCCUCAGGUCUUCCUGGCCCAAUUGGGCUUCCAGGACUUACUGGAGAAAAAGGAGAGACUGGUGAGAAAGGAGAUUCUGGAAACACGGUGUCUGGGCCUCCUGGCCCUCCGGGUGUUCCUGGGCCUGUAGGCCCUCCUGGACUUCCUGGACAAAAGGGUGAAGUAGGAGAGAGUGGUAUGAGAGGAGAAAAGGGCAGCCCGGGAGAGAAAGGAGACAAAGGUCCUUUGGGUUUACCAGGGACCCCCGGACCAAUUGGUGUUCCAGGACCAGCGGGACCAAAAGGAGAGAGGGGCAAUAAAGGAGAUCCUGGUGUUACAGGACCAACUGGACCAGUGGGGCCACCUGGACCUCCUGGUGAGAAGGGAAGUCGGGGGGAAAGGGGGAAGAAAGGCUCUAGGGGGCCUAAAGGGGAUAAGGGAGACCAAGGAGCGCCUGGAUUAGAUGCACCCUGCCCAUUGGGAGAAGAUGGUUUACCAGUUCAAGGCUGCUGGAAUAAGUGAUCGUUCUAACCUGGGAUUGUCCCGUGUGUCUGUACAUAGAAUAUUUAUUUUUAUACAGUGUUCGGUAGAAAAGAGAAACCAUACCUAACUUUAUGCAUUUUGUACAGAAAUACUAAAAUAGAUGUUCUCCUUUUUUUUUUAAGCUAUCGUGUAUAUUGUUUGUUUUUUGCUUUUCUAAUAUUUGUGAAGAAAUGCUGCUGUAUUUGCAUGAUAUUUGUGCACAUUUAUUAAAUAAUGCUUUUGUUAAGUUAUUAUACUUUGGUGCCAAAAGUACAUCAAAGAAAUGAUGUCCGUUUUCCUGAGUAUGAUGGUUAAUGAAAAAUAAAGUAAAUCGUUGAAUGAAACAUUCAACAACAACUCCUACUCUGUGUAUCCAUUAACAUUUCAUUGUUCUAUAUGAGAACUUUUUUGAUAGAUCUCUUUCAUAUUGUUGUACUGAGAACAAGCAUGGUAUCAUUUGUAAGAUGAACAUACCAUGUAGUCAAUUAAUACCAUCUGUCAUGGAGACGGCAUGGAAUGUGCAUUACUUUUAGGAGAACUGAUUUUUUUAAAAAAUAAAUAAGUCCUUGCUUGGUUUUAUUGUAUUGUGAUUUUUGCUUGUAUUGCAUGAUUAUGCCAUGUAUUGCUGUACUCCAUAUCUGUCCAUUCAUUUAUUCUGUUUAAAGCAGCUCUGACAAUGACAUUACCAGUUACUGUAUAUAAGACACCAAGGAGCUGCAAUCUACAUUGUAACUAAACAAAAGAGGAAAUUUCCUCAUCCACAAUUAAAGGGAACCUGUCAUCAUCUUUAGGGUCCAUUCACACGUCCGUGGAAUGGGUCCGCAUCCGUUC